CUUCUUAGUCAAGACUCCAAAGUACCUACUAUUACCUUGCUCUACUAGGUACUGCACUCCGUGACUGGCCUUACUUGAACUUGCCUCUUCUCUUAAACCUUUCCCCCCCUCCCCUUCGCUUUCUUUGUCUCACCUUGGAUUUUGCAACUCGCUCAAAGAAGCCUCAAACCAACUGAUUAUCCUGUGACUCGACCUAGAUCUGUCAAACAAUUUUUAUUUUUUUGCCAAUUCAUCUUCGUCGUCCUCCUCAACCUCUGCUUGGCAUCCUACGUAUCUUAGACUCAAAAAUUCCAACCACUUUCACUUGGAUACAACCGUUGCCGCAAGCACGUCAAAACGUGGGAUUUACAACAGCGGGGCAAUCUCUUAUCAACGCUUUUUCUCGACAACAUUCCCUCAGUCGCAAAGUAACGGGCGCUUGGGCUAGAUCUCGACGUUCUUGGUCCGUAACAUUCCUUCACUGGCGACAGCGCCCUCGUCCUCGCCAUCACAAGCCUGGGACUUACCAGAAUAGCAGACCGAGAACAGACCGCCACGCCAUCUCACCGAAUUCCCCGACAACCAUUAGAUUGUCAACACAGGCGGACGGACGGACAAUAGCGCCCAUUCCCCCUCCUUCGCCUUCCUCCCGCUCAAGAGGGAGAUAAUAAAAACACAAUGCCCCCCUUGCGGCCCUGGGGUCCCAUUUUCGAAGAGAUUACUCUCCCGCAGAAUAGAAUGUCAUCGACGGUCUUCUCGAUGCUGCCAACCUCUCUUCAGUCCCGGCUACCGCCCCUGCGGUCUAUCCGCAAGAGCGCGAGCAUGCAAACCCUCACCUCGAGCAGGCAAUCACACACCCGCACCCUGUCAGGACUCGACGACGGCGUCCACCGAAAUAUUACGCAGGCGCGUCUCGUCUCCGAGAGCACGGAAGAGCAGCACAUGAGCCUGGUGGCCACCGAACACCGGACGUACGAGGUGCGUUCGGCAGCCGAGAAGCAUGAGCAGCAGCGGCAACAAACGGAACAGUAUUAUCAGCAACAGCAACAGCAGGCGUCUAGCCAAUCUUCAAACGUAGAUUGGCGCUUCGCCCAGCAAGGACUUGCUUUGAUCGCCGUCGCCCAAGAUGAGCUGAGGCAUCCGUCAAGGCGGCCGGCAGUCGAUUUUGAGAGGAAAGCGUUUCUCGACGGCGUCGAGUACAUCCUCAAGGCCCUUCCCAGCGACCUCAACGAACACGAGCUUCACCGACUCCGCACGUCGACACCCUCCAAUUUCAUCCCGCCACCAAGUCCGGGCGGCCGGGCGUAUUCCCCCUCGCGGGGUGCGAACAACGGCAGAUCGAUUCUUCACCGGGGCGUCCAAAUCGCAGUCGUCAACAUCUUCAUCCUCAUCCACCUGGCGCUGCCGUACAUCAUCCUCAUGCUGCGGUUAGCGGCCCGCACGGAGAGGGAGUACCGGAUAUCGGAGAACCUUGUGGGCGCGGGCAUGGGUCUCGCCAACGCGAUCGGCAGCAAGGGAAUGCGCAUAACCGGGGCACUGUACAACGUCGGCGACGGCAGGCUCGGGCAGGCUCUCACAGAGGCUGUUGCCUGGACGGUUGAGGGCCUCACGGGAGGUCUAUCCGAUGGUGUCGGCGAGGGUCUGUCCAUCGUGGCGCCCAAGAGACAAUGAGACGACCGGUAAUGAGGACAUUUGACGCACUAUGAUAUGGGGAUUUCAUCAUAUUUUUUCGGGUUUAGACUUUCGGCGUAUAUCUCCGUUUCCUUAUCUCUGGUUAGGUAUGGUUGCUGCAAACGCAGGUACUUUUUCUAGGUGGAACAUCUCUACUUGAAAGAUUCAGUUAGACCAAGUCUGGGAUGGAGCGGGCUCUACCUGAGCUUUACAAUAGCUCACACUAGCUUGCUGGGUUGAGCUCAGUUGGGAAAGCCUCUUGUCAUUGGCAUCUCACUUGAGAGCUUACUUGACUAUGAGGUUUCCUGCGAUGAUCGAAGAGAUCGGAGUCUCGCCAGCGCAUCGCCAUCAAAUGUUGGUGGUGUGCAACGAUUGGGUUAUAGAGAAACUCAUUUUCGACACUAAUGAAUCAAUGACCUUUG